UUUAGCUUGAUUCAAAAUGGCGGGAGGCGUCCCGGUUGUAAGGUUGUAUCAACUAUUUAUCAUUCAUUUCUAGAUAUCCAUCCUUAGAUUGACAAGUCCCUCUCAAAAACUCUCAGGAAGUAUGACAAUGGCGUUACACAGAUCUGGCGAGCGACAAUUUCAAAGAAAUCAUUCCCUGCCGGAAGGGUCAUGGUUUCGUCAGAAUACCGAAGCAUCGACUAGUCCAAGAAGUGACGAAUCUGACCACGAUUUUGAUUCAGACGAAGACAACAAUGCCAUGAUAAUAGAUUAUCCAAUGGAAUCUCCUGAAACCUCGAUUAGUGCUAAUGAUAAGACUUUUGUACUGAAGCAACCACAACUUUCGCUUGACUACUUGAAGCAUAAUGCUAACCUGAAUAAUACUACCCCUUCUUCAAAAACACCGGCUAGCUCCAGAUCUAUGCAGAUUGGAAGACCAAAAUCAUUUGGCCUGAAAGACAUCGAUCUGACUAAAAAUCGCCGUGCUGCCGAGAUCAGAGCAGCGAGAGAGAACAACAGGAAUCAUAUUUUUACUCCCAUUCGACAAAACUCCUGCCCCUCAAUGACAUCCGGGCAACAUUUCAAUUUAAAUAAUGCAAUGAUAGAUAAUUCAGAAGAAAUGCAUGAACAAGAAACCCCAAAUUCUAGUAUGUCAUUUGAUAAACACAGACCUGAAGGUAAGAAUUGUGCUUAUGGAUCUUCGGCUAGCACACAGGGGCAAAGGCCAAAAUAUUUCCAGGAUCCUAGGCCUAAUGUUACAUUAGCCAUCAAAGCUAUUAAGCCAAUAGCGCUAUACAGUCAAACGUUGCCUGAAGAGUCGUCUGGUGGAAAUGAACUCAAAGAUGAAGACAAAAGUAAAGAUGUGAUAGUGAUAGCUGACGAUGAAACUGAAAGUAAUGUGGAACACAAGGAUCAGCCCAAACAAAAUGCGAUUUCUCUCCCUGGCAUUGCUAAAAAUAGCAUUUUGUUAAAGAGAAGAGUAAAAAAGUAUAAAAGGAGCUCAGCAGAUUUUAGUGAAGAUGAAGACCAGUUGCAGACUGUACCAAAGAACCCAAAACAACAGACACCACAACAAGUAGUAUGUCACAAGAAAAGUAACAGACUUCUGUAUGUGUUCAUGACAGUUGCCUUUGCAAUUGCCCUUGGAUCUGUGUACCUUCAUCUUAAUCCACAUGGCUUAUGCUUGGAUGGUGAAUUCACAGCGAACCUUACUGGUCUGGAAGCAUCUUUCAAAAGAGAGUUCUAUGGGCAGCAUUUAGCAACCAGGGUGCUGCUAUCCUCUAUCAAGGGCCACUUGAAGACAAAAGGAAGCAAACCGUUGGUGCUUUCUUUGCAUGGUUGGACAGGAACAGGAAAGAACUUUGCCACUGAGCUAAUCGCACAGCAUUUAUUUAAACAUGGAAUACAUAGCAAUUUUAUUUACAAGUUUAUUAUCCCAUUACACUUUCCACACCAGUCACUUGCUGCACUUUACAGGAGUCAGCUUCAGCAGUGGAUCACAUCGAAUGUCACAAGGUGCUCAAAAGGGGGCUUGUUUGUCUUUGAUGAAAUGGACAAAAUUCCUCAGGGUAUCGUAGAUGUCUUGAAGCCCUUUCUAGAUGCAAGAGGGAACCAUUUCUGCAAGAUGAUUUUUGUGUUUCUUUCUAACACUGGUGCAAAGCUCAUUAACCAGCAUGCAUUAGAAUAUUACCAGCUAGGACACGAAAGGGAAAAAAUCGGUCUUGUCACAUUGGAAGAACUUUUCCAUCAGAUAUCUGAGAGUGACCCUAAUAUCUGGUAUAAUGAUCUUUUGAGAUCCGAGGUGAUUGAUCAUUUUGUCCCAUUCCUACCACUGGAGAGAAAGCAUGUCAAGCAAUGCAUCCAAAGAGAUCUGAGAGAUAAAGGAAACCCUGCAGUUAAGGGACUAGUAGACCACAUAGCUGAUGAGAUGACUUAUUUUCCAGAAAGAGAGAAGCUGUUUUCUAUUUCUGGCUGCAAGAAGGUCUCCUCGAAAGUUGAUGUAGCUGUUGGGUGAUCAAAUGAUGUUCUAAGGGUUUCUUCAUCGCAUAAGGAGAACUUUUUGUUGUUGUUUAAAAAGAUAAAGAGUUUCAAUAGUCCCGUUAAUUAGAGCAGCAUAUGGGUAACCUCCAGGAUUCAUAGUGGCUGAUACCCAAUCAACAUUAAUUUAUAGGAAGAGUUUGAAUUAUGUAUUUAGCCUGAAAAUAAGUAUGCUUCUAGGAAAAAACUUCUAGAGUCUGUGUAUGUAUAUAUGUUCUCUGGACAUAUUUCUAACAAAUUUUGGUCAAUAUGACCACAUUGAAUGGUGGAUGUCUAUUGGGCAACACUCAGCGUGAUUAUUUGAUUAAUUUGCAGGAAUGAAUACCCUUUGUGGAAUAUGUCAAAGUAUACAAUAAAAUAACGGUAUUUACUAA